CCAAUAAUGUCACGUCUACGAUAUACUACAAGUCUACAAGUCUACAACUAAGCCUUUUUUCCUGUAUUUUAUUUAUUUUUUUAGCAUUUAAUUUAUCAUAUUGCUUCUUUGGCACUUGUUCAUUGUCUGCUCUCGGUUCCCCAAUUCAAAACCCUAACGUCCACUGAUCUUCGCUGUCUCCCACCAAUCGCCGCACAAUCCACUCACAUUUUUGAUCGAUUGCUCUGUAUUUAAUCGUUUAUUAUUGAGAUUUUUUUUCUUUUUUUGAGGAUUUUGCGUUGAAGAUUCACUAUGAAGGAAGGGAAGUCGGUAAAAUCUAAUGGUCAGCAGCACCACCACCACCAGAACGGUCACUUGUCUCCGUUCAAAUUCGCGAAAUUGUUAGAUCCAGAGGCCUCUUGGGACAAGGAUCAAUUGGGCGACGCUUUGCACUGGAUUCGACAAGCAGUGGCUCUCGUGUGUGGGUUACUAUGGGGUUCCAUACCAUUGGUUGGGGGCAUAUGGAUCAUCUUGUACAUCUGUCAUAUACAAAGGAUAACAAACAAAAGGCAUAGCAAGGAGGAAGGAAAACACAAAAAACUACACUCCCCCCAUCUAGAUCUCACCCAACCGACAUUGAUCGUUCCUCUUUAUGCAUCCUAGUCCAAGAAGCCAAGCUUCUCAAGAAGGAGCUCUUCAACAAUUGAACCAGAUGCUCCGCAUUUUUGAGCGCCCUUCGGUUCCUUUCCUUUGAAAUUGCCCAAAAAAUACACAACUCAAUACCUGUGUCUUGGUUUGAUAUAGAAUUGCAAGAGGGAAAAUUGAUUAAGUUGCAUAUCCUGUGUUUCAAUGGACUUAAUCUUUACUUGAUGCCCAACAGGAAUGAGCAUGGACUUCCACCCCAACUAUGUUAUCGGAAAUACUUUGAUGAAAUACCCCACUCUGCAUAGUUUUCAUAUUGGGAGGCAAUAGAUAAUCUAACUUAUUGACUUAAAAUCAUAGGGGUUGAUAGAGUUCAAUGUGAUAGAUUCAUAAAUCAAUUGGAUAGCAUUGAUUCUCACUGGAUAAUAUGGGUUA